AUGACGGUAAAUAAUACAAUCGCUCACCAAAGACUCACAUUAACAGGAGAUCGUGAAAGAUUUAAGGAACUUUUGAGACGUCGAUUAAUUGAGUGUGGAUGGAGGGACCAAGUGAGAAUGUUAUGCCGGGAAAUAGUAAAAGAAAAUGAUGGAAACAAUGUAACAUUUGACACACUCGUGACACGAGUUACUCCCAGAGCAAGAGCCCUCGUACCAGACACAGUUAAGAAGGAAUUGCUACAGAAAAUCAAAACUCAUCUAUAUUAA